AGGCGGAGAAGCGGCGCCCGCCCGAAGCGGAGACCGAGGGGUUCCUCCCUGGGUUCCUGCCGGGGCGAGGCUGCCGCCGCUGCUGCUGCUGCCGCCGCCUUUGAGGGCCCCUCGGCCGACUUCUUGUCCACAGCUGCAUGGGCAGUAAGGACUCUUUGGCGUGAACUCUUGGAUGCAGUAAGGAAACAAAUAAUAUAGGAAGAGGAAAUUUUCUCAAGGUGAUGAUCUGAAUUCUUGACUUCAUUUACAGACAAUAAAGGAAAAAAGAAGAGUCAAGUAUCUUUAUUAAAUUAAACACCCAUAUCACUGUUGACAUGGAGGAGAAAGCAUCUGAAUGCCUGGAUGGUGGAAGGAGUUUGACUAGGAGGGAUCAUCUGCAGCAACAUGAAAGAACUCACACGGAGGAGAAACACUAUGAAUGCCUGGAGUGUGGGAAAAGCUUCACUCAUAGUUCUAAUCUACGUAGACAUCAAAAGACUCACAAUGGGGACAAACCCUAUAAAUGCAUGGAGUGUGGACAGAGCUUCACUCAUAGUUCAGGUCUAUGUUCACAUCAAAGGACUCACACUGGGGAGAAACCUUAUGUAUGUCUGGAGUGUGGAAAGAGCUACACUGGAAAGUCAAGUCUAUAUAAACAUCAGAGGACUCACAUUGGGGACAAACCCUAUAAAUGCAUGGAGUGUGGUCAGAGCUUUACUCAGAGUUCAGGUCUAUGUGUACAUCAAAAGAUUCACACUGGGGAAAAACCCUAUAAAUGCCUGAAGUGUGGAAAGAGAUUUACUGGGAGUGGAAGUCUACGUUCACAUCAAAGGACUCAUACUGGGGAGAAACCCUAUAAAUGCAUGGAGUGUGGAAAGAGAUUCACUGGGAGUGGAGGUCUACAUUCACAUCAAAGGAUUCAUACUGGGGAGAAACCAUAUAAAUGCCUGGAAUGUGGACAGAGCUUCGCUCGUAGUACAAGUUUACGUUCACAUCAAAUAACUCACACUGGGGAGAAACCCUAUAAAUGCCCGGAAUGUGGACAGUGUUUCGCUCGUAAUACAAAUCUACGUUCACAUCAAAGGACUCAUACUGGGGAGAAACCCUAUAAAUGCCUGGAAUGUGGACGGAGCUACAGUCAUCUGACAGGUCUACGAUCACAUAUAAGGACACAUACUGGAGAGAAACCUUAUAAAUGCCUGGAAUGUGGACAGUGUUUCACUGAUAGUUCAAGCCUACGAUCGCAUCAAAGGACUCAUACUGGGGAGAGAUCCUAUCCAUGCCUUGAGUGUGGACAGAGCUUUGCUGAUAGUUCAGGUCUACACAGACAUCAAAGGAUUCAUACUGGGGAGAAACCUUAUAAAUGCCUGGAAUGUGGAAAGAGCUUCACUCGGAGGGAAAGUCUUCGUGCACAUCAAAGAAUUCAUACUGGGGAGAAACCUUAUAAAUGCCUGGAAUGUGGACAAAGCUUCGCUUAUAAUUCAGGUCUAUAUUCACAUAAAAAGACUCACACUGGGAAGAAAUCCUAUACAUGUCUGGAAUGUGGACAGACCUUCGCUCAUAGUUCAGGCCUACAUUCACAUAAAAGGACUCACACGGGGGAGAAACCCUAUAAAUGCCAUGAAUGUGGACAGAGCUUUGCUCGUAGUACACAUCUACGUUCACAUCAAAGGACUCACAUUGGGGAGAAACCUUAUAAAUGCCUGGAAUGUGGACACAGCUUCACUCAGAGUGGAAGUCUACAUUCACAUCAAAGGACUCACACGGGGGAGAAACCCUAUAAAUGCCUGGAGUGUGGACAGCGCUUCACUCAGAUUGGAGGUCUACAUUCACAUCAAAGAACUCACUGGAGAGAAACCCUAUAAAUGCCUUGAGUGAGGACAGAGCUUCACUCAUAGUUCAGGUCUACAUAAACAUCAAAGGACUCAUACUGGGGAGAAAUAAUAAUCUAAUAAUAUUUUAUUUUUCUAUCCUGCCACCAUAAUAAAAACGAACAUCACCAUCCAUGGAUGAAAUUAGGACAGUCAAGCCAAAAAGUGUGUAGUUUUAAGACCAUCAAUCAAGUGCCUGGACAAGUGUCGAAGCAUUACCUGAAAUAGUUUGGGGUAGGAUAGGUAGGAGGGAAAAUAAAGUGCGAGGAGACAGUAUCUCAAUGAAAGGGGUCUAUCAUGUUAUUGGUUGUUCAAAUGCACACUUUCAUCUGUUUAAUAAAGGCAGACAAGGUUGGAACCAGUCUAAUCUCCCUAGGGAGGGAAUUCCAGAGCUGAGGGGCCACCACAGAGAAGGCCCUCUCCCUCGUUCCAACAAGCCAAGCCUGUGAUAGUGAGGAGGAGAGGAGAGCCUCUCCAGAAGAUCGAAGAGAUCAUGCAGGCUCAUAGGGGGAAAGGCGGUCAUGAAGGUAGACGGGUCCCGAACCGUUCAACGCUUUGUAGGUGAUUACCUGUAUUUUGAAUUGGGACUGGAAAGUGAAUGGCAGCCAAUUGAGCAUCUUAAACAGGGGAGUUGACUGCUUCCUGUAAGUUGCUCCAGUUAGCAGUCUGGACAGAACUUCACUCAUAGUUCAGGUCUACAUAAACAUCAAAGGACUCAUACUGGGGAGAUACCCUAGAAAUGCUUGGAAUUUGGAAAGAACUUCACUCAUACAUCUGUGGACUACAGGUGACACACUUGUGUGUCAUGGCACAGAGUUUUGAAGGCUCUGUUCUAAGACAAACAAAGGCCAAGCUUGUAAAUGCUGAAAAAUGGGAGCACAACGUUGAGAUACUUCUAUCAUAUUGUGGUUCCUUUGCAAAAAAGUCCGGAAAUAUUGGACUCCAAUGCAUAUGAUGCCAAAUGAAAAUGGUUAAGGUUACAUUUACAAUGAGCCUGGAGUUUUGUUUCAUAGGAAUGCUGGACAAUAAUCUAGAAACAAAAAUUGGGAAAUGCCUAGAAUAUACAAUAACUGCAGCAAGCAUCGUUUAGCCUCAGAAAUGGGAGGACAUUGUUAUCCCACCUAAGGAGAUUGACUGAUGAAGAUCCGUGAAUUAUCAGAGAUGGACAAAGUGACUCUGCCGAUUAAAGAUAAAUCUUUGAUCAAUUUCAAGAAAGAUUGGGACUUCUUUAUCACUUUUUCAAGACAACGGGCAAAUAACAGUUGUUGAAUUUAUGAAUUAGAAGAGCGUUGCUAAAAGCAGAAGUGUAUUUACAUAGGAUUAAGGGGAGUUGAAUAAUAAGGGAUACAAUCAACUCGGUGUAAAGUUCUUAGAAAUAGACCCAGGUCUGUUUGUUCAUUUGUUAGUGUACUUUGUGUAUCCAUAUAGGAGUGUUUCAUUGGUGUGUUUUUUCUGAUACAUUUUGUAGUUGUGGCAGCCACACAAUGAGCUGAAUAGUUUUAGCAUUAGAUGUUCUAAACUUACUAUGUUUCUCGUUUUCUUAAUAAACAUGUUUACGAAAAGAUGAUUUAGAAGGAUUGAAAUAUCAUACUGGAAAGGCAGAUAGAGCUGGGUUUAAUAUAUCAUCUAAGGUCCUUUUGGAUAUCCUUUUUCCACCUAUUGUGUUGGUCACAUCACUCUGGGUUUGAUUUUAAUGUUUCAGUUGUUAAAUAUAUACUGUGUUUUGAUCGUCUAUUGCUUUUUUGGGAAUGACUUUAGUUUUCAUUACCACACAUCUGACUCCAGCAUUUCAAGUCAGCCGUCCCUCCAUGUUUGCAGGUGUCAUUUACAAGAUAAAUGGUGAUAAUUUUAUUUUGUUCCUGCCUCUCCUUGUGGCUCUAGGCAGGUUACAACAGCUAAAUACAUAUAAUCAUCUAAAACUUUCUUUAAAAUAUACAUAUUAAAACAUAUUUCUAUAAAAUGCAUAUACAAAUACAUUGAACAAAGAUUAAAACACAAGUCGUGACUUUUGAAAUUCAUGAUAAAAACUGACUAGAUAGGAUGAUUCACUAAAUUUGCCAUCCAUCAUAAAAUGGAAAUGGUUUGGAGCUUUGCAGCCUUUUCUGAAGAAAAACACAGCUUCAAAAAAGCAAAAUGUAACGGAAGUGUAUUUAGAAUUUUGCCUGUGCUAAAAUCGAGUCAACAGGAUGAAGAAGGUUUGGAGACAUCAUAGAGAUCUUUGCACUUUUCCACUUUCAUAGGCUCCUGAGGCCGUAAACCACACAAAUGUGGAGCUCUGACUGUGGUCGUGAAAUGUAAUAUCACACCACUUCCACAAAAGAGCCCUGUGAGACCCACCAGGUGUGCGCCAAUCAAGCUUUCAAAGCUCCAUUGGCAUCUUCAUCGGCAAACAGCUUUAGAAAUCUUACAGCCAAGGGUAGGGGAUAUGCUGCUUUGAAAGGACCCAGAUCUACAGUUUGUCAAGACGUUGGCGUUGUUACUGUCAAUUAAGAGAUUGUUUGGUGCCAUUUGGACUCCGAGAUACAGUCCUAAAAUCCAGGCCAUAAAAAGUAACUUCCCCGAGAGCCAGGCUGCCUCUGCUCUGGAUGAGUUUGUGGCUGUGAGCUUGCUAUUUGUCACAACACAGCACCGACGCAAAACAGUUCUGCUUUGAAUGCGAUUUCCUGCUUCUUGGCAGGGGUUGGACUGGAUGGCCCAUGAGGUCUCUUCCAACUCUACUAUUCUAUGAUUCUAUAGAUUUGCCAAUAAAUUAAACCAAUAGCUUUGCUGUAGUCUCCCUCUGAAGCCGAGAGACUGUGCCUAUCCCUAGGCCAGCUGGGCUUUCCAAGGCCAAGUGGGGAUCCAAGGCCAAGUGGGGGGGGGGGGGUGCUUUGAAUGCAAUUUCCUGCUUCUUAGCGGGGGGUUGGACUGGAUGGCCCAUGAGGUCUCUUCCAACUCUACUAUUCUAUGAUUCUGUGAUCCGUUCCCUGGCUUCCAGAGUCAAGGUCCAAUGCCAAAACCACAGCGGAGUAAUGACCGUUCUUGUGUUCUUUCAACUCAUACUUGAUUUAUGAUUGGUCACAGCGUUUUCUGAGAGAGUGACUUUGCCACAGACCCCUUCUUGAUUUUCAUGGCUGAGACCUGGUCUCAGGAGCCUCCGGUGGCCUAGGGGAUAAAAGCCUCGUGACUUGAAGGUUGGGUUGCUGACCUGAAGGCUGCCAGGUUCGAAUCCCGCCCGGGGAGAGCGCGGAUGAGCUCCCUCUAUCAGCUCCAGCUCCAUGCGGGGACAUGAGAGAAGCCUCCCACAAGGAUGGUAAAAACAUUCGGGUGUCCCCUGGGCAACGUCCUUCCAGACGGCCAAUUCUCUCACUCCAGGAGCAACUCAGGUUGCUCCUGACACACACAAAAAAAACCCUGGUCUCGAGUCCAACAUCCAAAAUUCUAGAAGAUAAUGUUUAACAUUAACCUCCUCCUUUGUGCUGGAACAUAUCUGGGGCCUUUGGCUGUAUUCGUGGCUUCUCCUUUGGGGCCUCAUUCUGAUGGAGCCAGGCAUUGAGGAUGCCAUCUUGGAGAAAGCUUUCCAGGCUCCUCUCUCUCACAAAAAUAUGAUACAUGGUUUGAAUGAAUUGUGACACCUUUUCCAAUAUUUCAAGAUGCCCUCCUUCUCUCAGCCUUCUUUUCUCCAAGCUAAACAUCCGCCGCUCCUCAUAGGGCUUGGCUUCCAAACCUUAGGUCAUUCCGACUGCCCUUCUCUGGUCGUGUUUCAGCUUGUCCAUUUUCUCAGUUGUUUGGCCCAGAACUGGACACAGUCUAAUUCUAAGUGAGGUCUAAGAAAGGUAUGAACCUUGGAAACUAUAACUCCCAGGAGGACGCCAUCACAUGGAGACAUGGAAAUAUAAUUGGGGUGCAAGGACAUUCGUUCCAUAUUGAAAAUGCACCAAGAGAAGAGUAUGGACCUUGGAAAACUUGUGAAGACCUGGGAGUUACACAGCAUGGAGGCAUGGCAUAACAAUACUAAGAAUAGUAAUAAUAAUAAUUGCAUUAAAAAUGGGUCCCUCCUGUAUUUAUUCUCCAAUGCAGAUGCACCCAGAGAAAGGUAUGGACCUUGGGAUACUACAACUCCCAGGAACACAUGGUAUGGAGCUAUGGUAUUUAAAGUGCGGUCCAAGAGAUUCAUUCCAUAGUGUAAAUGCACCCAGAGAAGGGUAUGGACCUUGGGAAACCUCAGGAGAGGCCCUCCUCUUGGUCGCUUCACCGUCACAAGUAUGCUUGGUAGGAACGAGGGAGAGGGCUAUUUCGGUGGUGGCUCCGUGGCUCUGCAACCCACUCCGCAAAGAGAUAUGUUCAGCUCCCUCGUUAACUUUCCCAAGAUACACUUGUUAGGGAAAGUUAAAGUUUAUUAUGCCAUGUCUCCAUGCUGUGCGGUCCUGGGAGUUCUAGAUCUCAGGGCUCCGGUGGGCUGAUAGGAGGAGAUGCAGUCUCUCAAAUAACAUCAAAUCGUUUCAUAACAAUCUGUCAGAAUCUUUGUAUGGAACCUAUAAACAACAACUAUCAUGCUAGAAGGAAGAAUGGGAAAAUAGUGUAAUAGCAAGAAAGAACUGUACAUGGCUGUCUCUUAUCAAAAGGAUUUUUAUCGUAUCAGAAGUGAACAGAGUUGUCAUGUAUUUAAAAACUUGGCAUUAUGCUAAAUGUCCUUUAACCAGAAGCUGGCCAUUUGGAGUGCCUUUGAUGUUGCUCUAUGGUGCAUGUGGCAGGGGUCAGACCGCAUUGAAGUAAGUGCUCUGUGGUUUGCUCUUCUCCACACUCGCAUGUCGUGGACUCCACUUUGUGGCCCCAUUUCUUAAGGUUGGCUCUGCAUCUUGUGGUGCCAGAGCGCAGUCUGUUCAGCGCCUUCCAAGUCACCCAGUCUUAUGUGUGCCCAGGAGGGAGUCUCUCAUCUGGUCUCAGCCAUGGAUUGAGGUUCCGGGUUUUAAGCCUGCCACUUCUGCAUGCUGAGGCAUUCCCGCGAUUAUCUAUGUAGAUCUUAGUAGAAAGCUAUUUCUUGAUUUAAGGUGUUGGUGUGCUGGCUGAUGUCCGAACAGGGGAUGGGCCGGAGAUGUCACUGCCUUGGUCCUUUCAUUGCUGGCUGCUACUUCCCAGCGGAUGUCAGGUGGUGCAAUAAUGGCUAAAGAGUAUAAUUUCUCAAGCGGUGUGCGGUAUAGACAUCCUGAGAUAAUGUGGGAUGUCUCAUUAAGAGCCACAUCCACUGUUUUAAUGUGGUGAUAUGUGGUCCACACUGGGCAUGCAUACUCAGCAGCAGAGUAGCAAAGCAAAAGGGCAGAUGUCUUCACUGUGCCUGGUUGUGAUCCCCAGGGUGUGCCAGUCAGCUUUCGUAUGAUGUUAUUUCUAGCACCCCCUUUUGGCUUGAUAUUCAAGCAGUGCUUCUUGUAGGUCAGAGCAUGAUCCAGGGUAACUUCCAGGUGUGUUGGUGUGCUGCAAUGCCCCAGUAGGAUUCCUUCCCAGGUCAUCCUCAAAGUUUGAGAUGCUUGUCUGCUCUUAAGGUGGAAAUCCAUUUUAGAUGGAUUAGGAAUCAGGUGGUUUCCCUGUAAUAGGCAGUAAGAACACCUAAAGCUUUGGAGAGCUUCCGUUCAACCAUUUCAAAGCUCUACUUGGGCGGUGAUGGCAUGAUGAUCAUCAACAUAGAUGAAACUCUCUUCCCUUCCAGCAGUGGCUGGUCAUUUGUGUAAAUGUUAAACAUUGAUGGAGCAAGCAUGCUCCCCUGAGGCAGGCUGUUCCUCUGUUUGCUCCAUCUGCUUCUUUGAACCUGGAACUCAACAAAAAAGCUCCUGUUUUGUAGCAGAUUUCCUGUGAAGCGGAUGAGGUGGUCAUCCUUUGUGAUAUUUUUCACAGGUGAAGGUGCUGAUCUACAGUGACAUAAGCUGCUGAAAGGUCUAUGAAUACAGCUCCCUUAAUCUGCUGUCUUUCAAGCCCAUCUUCUAUGUAAUCAGUCAGGUUCAACACUUGUGAUGUGAAGCUUUACCUUUCCUGAAGCCAGCUUGCUGUGGCAUCAUACAUGGGUCUAUUUUUCCAUACUUCUAUACAAAAUAAGUCUCUCCAGAACAUUGUAUAGAGAUUGCUCUAUAGCUUUUUCGAUCAUUAUGGGUUUUGCCUGUUUUCAAGAUGGCUAUGGUUUUUGCUUUCCUCCAGAUUUUGGGGAUCUGACAGGAUGCAAUGCAGUUGUUCAUCAUCAGCUUCAGCAGCCAGCACCUUGCUUUUGGGCCAAAGUUCUUAAUGUGUCCCAUCCGUAGAUCGUCCAGGCCAGCUGCUUUGCCUUUUUUACAUUUAUUGAAGACUAUGUCCAAUUCAGUAGAUGUAAAAGGUUCGUGGAGGUUGUUGUUCUCAUUAUCUGGUUGUCUGACUAUUGGUUUCCUUUCUACUUUGGUGGCAAGGUUGGGUUUCCAAUUCUUCAGAAGUUGAUGUGCUAUCUGAUCUGCCUUUAUGUUGCAUGAAUAUUAGUUUGUGAGGGAUCAUUGCUCCACGCCUUCUGACUGCUCCUGCACCAAAAGGAUGGGAAGUCACUGUAAGGGGAUGCAAAGAAGGAGGGAAUGGCAUAGCCAGGUACAAUACCUGUAUAGAUGUUGGGAAAUAUUGCAUUAGUUCAUUUAUAUGUAUGUGGAACAGGCGAAAGAGGGAUGUUCUGUGGAAGUCGGGCAGCGAGUUCUCUCUCCCCCUCAGCUCCCAGUCUUCCUAGUGUGAAGGAGGUUUUCUCGCAGGACGGGGGCCCCAGGCAAGAGCGCUGCAAAGGCAGCCCUUUGGAAGCAUCCCUCCUGGAUCCAGGCUGGACAUGCCUUCUCCCACGGAGACCCCCAGGAGCAGCAGAGGAAGGAGGGGGAGCUUGGGCCAUCCAUCCAGACCCCCAUCUGCCCCAGGUUGGGAGAGGGAGUUACUGUUAUAGUAUUUUCCAUUAUUUUCUCUUCCUCCUCCUUCCUCGAUUCACAGAGUUGGAAGGGACCAUCCAGGGGCCAUCCAGUCAGGCCCCCUUCUGCCAAGCAGGAAGAUGGAAUUACAGUAGAGUCUCACUUAUCCAACACUCGCUUAUCCAACAUUCUGGAUUAUCCAACGUAUUUUUGUAGUCAAUGUUUUCAAUAUAUCGUGAUAUUUUGGUGCUAAAUUCAUAAAUACAGUAAUUACUACAUAGCAUUACUGCAUAUUGAACUACUUUUUCUGCCAAAUUUGUUGUCUAACAUGAUGUUUUGGUGCUUCAUUUGUAAAAUCAUAACCUAAUUUGAUGUUUAAUAGGCUUUUCCUUAAUGCCUCCUUAUUAUCCAACAUUCUGCCGGCCCGUUUAUCCAACAUUCUGCCGGCCCGUUUAUGUUGGAUAAGUGAGACUCUACGGUAGUAUGAUAUUAUUCAUCAUCAUCAUCACCGAGAUGACUGGGAGGGAUCAAAUGGUGUCUUCUUGCUUGGCGGAAGGGAGUUGGACUGGAUCACCUUUAGGAUCCCUCCCAACUCUAUAAUGCUAUAAUAGAAUAUGGGAGUCCUGUGGGUCUCCUUCUCUGGAGGUCUUUAAACAGAAGCUGGAUGGCCAUCUGUAGGGAGGGCUUCUAUUAUGUCUUCUUUCUUGGCAGAAGGGAAAUGGGCUGGAUGGUCCUUGGAGUCUCUUCCAACUAUGUCUAACAAUAAUAAUGAUGAUCAUGAUAAUGGGUGACAAUAAUACAGUGGAAUCUCACUUAUCCAACAUAAAUGUGCUGGCAGAACGUUGGAUAAGCAAAAAUGGUGGAUAAUAAGGAGAGAUUAAGGAAAAGCCUAUUAAAUGUCAAAUUAUGUUAUGAUUUUACAAAUUAAGCAACAAAACAUGUUUUAGAACAAACUGACAGAAAAAGCAGUUUAAUACAUGGUAAAGUUAUGUUGCAAUUACUGUAUUUACAAAUUUUGCACCAAAACAUCGCAAUGUAUUGAAAACACUGACUAAAAAAACUUGGCUACUAACAAAUUGACUAUAAAUAAAGAUAGAAUUGCAUAAAAUGAACUUAUAGUAACAACACUGUAGGAAAUUAAAUCCAUGAAAAGUCCAUCUUUGCUGCCUAGAGAAACAGCUGUGGAUCUGGGCGGGAGGCAGACUGUGUUGGAUAUUCCACAACAUUGGAAAAGCAAAUGUUGGAUAAGUGAGAGACUACUGUAUUAUGGUAAUUCCAUUUUCCUGCUCUGGCAUUUUUAGCUCCAACGUUUUCGCUAAAACAGGGUCGUCGUCCCCCCCCCCCCGUCCCCCUCACACACACACUCCUCUGAUUUUUCAGGAUGGAUGGACUCCCAUUUCCUUUUUAAAUUUUUUUUUACUGAAUACAAGUUAACAAUCUCACAACCUCUGAGGAUGCCUGCCAUAAAUGUGGGCGAAAUGUCAGGAGAGAAUACUUCUGGAACAUGGCCAUACAGCCCGGAAAACAUACAACAAUCCUGUGAUCCCGGCCAUGAAACAAAUUUUGAGUUAUACAUGCAAUAUCUGAUUGGACUUGCUCAAAUAAAUAAUUAUUCCAAUUUUCUAAAUUCCACUUUUUUCAUCUAUGCAUCCCCAGGCUAUUACUGCAUCUCCUGCUAGGAUCAUUACUUUAAAUAGAUCUUGGUUCUUCACAGCAAUAUUCUUAUUCCCCAUGAUUGCCAUUAAAAUAAGUUCCGGCUGGACUCCAUUUCCCAGAAUCCCCCUCAUUGGCCCAGGCAGCAAAGGCCUCCGGGAGUCAAGAGACCAAAGAGUCCAGAAAUGCCUGUGUUCUUUGGCUAUUGGGCCCCUCCCAGAGUACUCAUCUCCAUGGCAACCAGUAAACUAACAACAACAAAGGAAACCAUUGUGUUGUCGAAGGCUUUCAUGGCCGGGAUCACAGGGUUGUUGUAUGUCUUUUGGGCUGUGUGGCCAUGUUCCAGAAGUAUUCUCUCCCAACGUUUCGCCCACAUCUAUGGCAGGCAUCCUCAGAGGUUGUCACAGCCUCAGGGCCCUUCCUUUUCCCACUCAGCCGCUUAAGCGGUUGUGAGGUACCUCUGAGGAUGCCUGCCAUAGAUGUGGGCGAAACGUCAGGAGAGAAUACAUCUGGAACAUGGCCACACAGCCCGAAAGACAUACAACAACCCAAAGGAAACCAUGUUCCUAUUUUGUAUACAGUGUUUCCUCACUUAUUGCAGGGAUUAUAUUCCAGGACCACCCGCAAUAAGUGAAAAUCCACGAAGUAGGGACACUAUAUUUAUCCUAUGUGUGGAGGAGAGUAAACCACAGACCACUUACUACAAUGUAGUCUGUAUUUUAGCAGUUACAAUACAUAGUACACCGGCAGAGAAGAAGGAUGGAAGCUAAAUAACCCUUUUUUAUUUCCAACCCUUCCCUAUGUUCAUUUUCUGGACCCAAUUCAAAGUGCAGGUGAUUACCUACAAUGUUGUAUGUUGGUUUUAUAUCUGUAAGCCACCCCAAGUCCCUCUGGGGAGAUGGUGGCAGGGUACAAAAAUAAAAUUAUUAUUAUUAUUAAAGCCCUGAACGGUUUGGGACCCUCCUACCUUUGUGAUCGUCUCUCCCCCUCGACCUUUGUGUAUUGGUCGCACUUCUGGUUACUUGACAUUAGCUCAGGGCUCUUCUCAUCCCAAAGUGACCUCAAACGAAUAUGUGGCACUUUAUCUAUGCUUCUGAGUUCGCUACUUAUAAUGUGCACUUUGUUAAUUUGCCAUGACAACCUCACUAUUUUUAAUUCCAUGUUUUUAGUAAGUGUGUUGAACCAUUUUUUUUGGGUUAAUGUUUAAAUAUUAUAAUUGGUGUAUGUUAUUGUUUAUUGAUGUACUGUACCUUUGUUUCGUAUUUGAUAUUUCUGUGAGCCGCCCCGAGUCCCCUCUGGGGAGAUGGUGGCGGGAUAUAAAUAAACUUAUUAUUAUUAUUAUUAUUAUUAUUAUUAUUAUUAUUAUUGUUAUUAUUACCCUCUCCCUUUAUUUCUCCCUCCCUUGAAAACCCUUUGCACACCCCCAAAUUUUGUGAAACAGCGAAAAGUGAACUGCGAAUUACAGUAGAGUCUCGCUUAUCCAAGCCUCUGGAUAAUCCAAGCCAUUUUUGUAGUCAAUGUUUUCAAUAUAUCAUGAUAUUUUGGUGCUAAAUUCAUAAAUACAGUAAUUACAACAUAACAUUACUGCGUAUUGAACUACUUUUUCUGUCAAAUUUGUUGUAUAACAUGAUGUUUUGGUGCUUAAUUUGUAAAAUCAUAACCUAAUUUGAUGUUUAAUAGGCUUCUCCUUAAUCCCUCCUUAUUAUCCAAGAUAUUCGCUUAUCCAAGCUUCUGCCGGCCCGUUUACGUUGGAUAAGUGAGACUCUACUGUACUUGUACCUUUGUUUUGUAUUUGAUAUUCCUGUGAGCCGCCCCGAGUCCCUUCCGGGGGAGAUGGUGGCGGGAUAUAAAUAAACUUAUUAUUAUUAUUA